UGUGGCCACAGCUCCUUUUAUGGCCAAGCCUUGUUUCUCCAGUUUCAGUUUUUCUUGGGCUGUUUGCAAAUUUGUUUCGCAGUUAAAAGGGGAUUUGCCAGCUGGGAUGGGGGAAUUGGGAGGCAGAUGGGGCUUCCAGGAGCGAGGAUAGGGUCGUUGGCCUCAGGUGCCGCUCUCCAGUUAGGAGUAUUUUAGGCACCUCGUUCCUUAUUGUCAGAUUUAACUUCAUUUGUUCUCCCACUUUGUACCUUAGUGAAUUUGUAGAUGUGACAAGGCUUUCGCAGUUACGUAGCUUUCCCAGAUCAGUAUCUUAAGAAUUUAAGCAAAAGUUAUUGAGAAAAGCAGACUCAUCUUUCAAGAGGACUUUAGACUAAUUGCAGAUAAUUAAGAGAAUAUGCCUUCUGCAUCCUGUGAUACACUACUGGAUGACAUCGAAGAUAUCGUGUCUCAGGAAGAUUCAAAACCACAAGAUAGGCAUUUUGUAAGAAAGGAUGUUGUCCCGAAGGUACGAAGGCGAAAUACCCAAAAAUAUUUGCAAGAGGAAGAAAACAGGCCACCAAGUGACAGCACUAUUCCAGGCAUACAGAAAAUUUGGAUACGAACAUGGGGUUGUUCUCAUAAUAAUUCAGAUGGAGAAUAUAUGGCUGGACAGCUAGCUGCUUAUGGCUAUAAAAUUACAGAAAAUGCAUCCGAUGCAGAUUUAUGGCUCCUGAACAGUUGCACUGUAAAAAACCCAGCUGAAGACCACUUUAGAAACUCAAUUAAAAAAGCUCAAGAGGAGAACAAGAAAAUUGUAGUGGCUGGUUGCGUUCCUCAAGCCCAGCCUCGCCAGGACUACCUUAAGGGACUGAGUAUCAUUGGGGUUCAACAGAUAGAUCGUGUUGUAGAAGUUGUGGAGGAAACAAUUAAAGGUCACUCUGUGAGACUGCUGGGUCAGAAAAAGGAUAAUGGAAGGCGGCUUGGGGGAGCACGAUUGGAUUUGCCAAAGAUUAGGAAGAAUCCACUGAUAGAAAUCAUUUCCAUCAAUACCGGGUGUCUCAAUGCUUGUACCUACUGCAAAACUAAACACGCCAGAGGAAAUUUGGCCAGUUAUCCAAUUGAUGAACUAGUAGAUAGAGCCAAACAAUCUUUUCAAGAGGGUGUUUGUGAGAUAUGGUUGACCAGUGAAGACACGGGGGCUUAUGGCAGAGAUAUUGGCACCAAUCUCCCCACACUCCUGUGGAAACUGGUUGAAGUGAUUCCUGAGGGAGCAAUGCUGAGGCUUGGCAUGACAAAUCCGCCCUAUAUUUUAGAGCAUCUGGAGGAAAUGGCGAAAAUCCUUAAUCACCCCAGAGUCUACGCUUUUCUGCACAUACCAGUCCAGUCUGCCUCCGACAGCGUACUCAUGGAAAUGAAAAGAGAAUACUGUGUGGCUGACUUCAAAAGAGUAGUGGAUUUUCUGAAAGAGAAAGUUCCUGGAAUAACUAUUGCUACAGAUAUUAUCUGUGGUUUUCCUGGAGAAACAGAUCAGGAUUUUCAAGAAACAGUGAAACUUGUUGAAGAGUACAAAUUCCCAAGCCUCUUUAUUAACCAAUUUUACCCAAGACCAGGAACUCCUGCUGCAAAAAUGGAACAAGUUCCAGCACAAGUGAAAAAGCAAAGGACAAAAGAUCUUUCUCGGGUAUUUCAUUCUUACAGUCCAUAUGAUCACAAGAUUGGUGAAAGACAACAAGUGUUAGUAACAGAAGAAUCUUUUGAUUCCAAGUUUUAUGUUGCGCACAAUCAAUUCUAUGAGCAGGUUUUAGUGCCAAAGAACCCUGCGUUCAUGGGGAAAAUGGUUGAAGUGGACAUCUAUGAAUCAGGCAAACAUUUUAUGAAAGGGCAGCCGGUAUCUGAUGCCAAAGUGUACACGCCCUCCAUCAGCAAACCGCUAGCAAAGGGAGAAGUCUCAGGUUUGAUAAAGGACUUCAGAAAUGGGCUUGGGAACCAGCUGAGUUCAGGAUCCCACACCUCUGCUGCAUCUCAGUGUGACUCAGCAAGUUCCAGAAUGGUGCUGCCCAUGCCAAGGCUACAUCAAGACUGUGCGCUGAGGAUGUCCGUGGGCUUGGCUCUGCUGGCUCUUCUUUUUGCUUUUUUUGUCAAGGUCUAUAAUUAAUUAGAAUACAACUAAUUGAAGCAUCUGUAAAGAAGAAUACAUUUCUAAUUAAAAUCUUCAAUGAACAGGAAAGCGACACCUCCGUUCUCCAAGGGCAAUAAUUUGUACUGGUCAUGCUGCCUCCUCUUCAGCCACUCUUCUUAAUGAGGCUCCCCCUCAUUAAGAGCACAUUGAGUUGGGCCCAUUGGUUAUUUGACCUAAAACCUAAUCACGGCUACCGUAGCACAUCCUUCAAAUUAAACUGCUUUUGGUUUACUUUUAGCAAGAAAUGCAAGCGGUUGCAUUUUUUUUUUGUUUGUUUCAAUCUCCAAUCUUUAAGUCAGAACCUAAUUGUACAGUGGCUCUGGCCAUCUUUUUCUCAUGUGGAAGAAUUUUCUAUCUUUAAUAAACUUUUUCUUUUUUUUUUUUUCCAGAUGGGGUUUCGCUCUUGUCGCCCAGGCUGGAGUGGUGCAGUGGUGCGAUCUCAGGUCACUGCAACCUCUGCCUCCUGGGUUCAAACGAUUCCUCUGCCUCAGCCUCCCAAGUAGCUGGGAUUACAGGCAUGCGCCACCAAGCCCAGCUAAUUUUUUUGUGUUUUUAGUAGAGACGGAGUUUCACCAUGUUGGCCAGGCUAGACUCGAACUCCUGACCUCAAGUGAUCCGCCCGCCUUGGCGUCCCAAAGUGCUGGGAUUACAGGCGUGAGCCACUGCGCCCAGCCUCUUUAAUAAACACUUUUAAGUGCAUCUUCCCCUUCAGGCUUUGUUUGGAGUCCCAGUGCUACAAACAUUGUAUUUUUCACAGCAGAUGUGUUCCUGAAAAGUGUGUAGAAACCGGUUCUGGGAAGCUGAAUGCUUUUGGAAUGCACGGGGAGCGUCUGCCAGCUAAAGGACUCCUGGCAACAUUCUGUGAAAUAUGAAACUGAAAAACUGGAUUUGUCGAAAACAAAUUGUGCCCAUUUUCUCACAUUUUUGAUCCAUUAGGUUUUUUUCGUUGUUUGUUUUUUUUUGUUUGGUUGGUUUUUUUGUUUUUUGUUUUUUUUUUUUUUUUUUUUGAGGCAAGGUCUCACUCUGUCACCCUGGCUGGAGUGCAAUGGCACUAUCUUGGCUCACUGCAGCCUCGACCUCCUGGACUCAAGCAGUCCUCCUACCUCAGCCUCCCUAAUAGCCAGGACUACAGGCACAUACCACCAUGCCCAACUAAUUUUUUAAUUUUUUGUAGAGAUGAGUGUCACUAGGUUGCCCAGGCUUGUCUGGAACUCCUAGCCUCAAGCAGUCUUCUCGCCUCAGCCUCCCAAAGUGCUGGGAUUACAGGCGUGAGCCACUCCACCCAGCCCAGAUUAAAUGUUUUUAUUUCUACCUGCCAUCAUCAUUGGUCUUUACUAAGUGAAAUGACUUCUUUAACAAUAAAUGGAAUUGGUAUACUAAGCAAA